GAAAAUCCCAAAAGAAUCAAUCUGAUUUCUGCUAGGUUUAUCUCCACUUGUUAGUGAGGCUUCUGGUAAAAUCUCCGCCUCUACGAAUUCGCAAGAUGAAGCCAAAAACGAGAGAGAAAGUACUAGAUAAGGCCAGAAGCUUGUUGAAUCGGCGCAAUAAGCCUGGAUCUUCAUCUCGAGUACCAGGUAAACAUCCGCCUGCCAGCUCAGCAACAGCCAGUGCGCCUUCGCCGUCAGGCGUUUACUUGGAACCAUCGAGAAUCUCUUCAAAGGAAAGGUCUAGUUUCUCAUCUGCAACAGCAAGUCGGUCUUCGUCAGUUGUUUCAUCAGCAGUCAAUACACCAUUAAACCUCAAGGCAAAUCCAGAAUCGUCAAAAUCGCAUCAGCUCUCCCAAAUAACAACAUCUCAUUCGCCCCACGCGUGUUCUAUUCCUUCAAUAAGGUCUUCUUCUCCUGACCUCGCGUCGGGGUCUUUGGCGCUGCCAGAACUUCGACCCACACAAUGUUCCCUUGAUCCAUCAUCAUCAUCGUCUCCUACUUUAAUGUCUGCUGAAGCUCAAGUGUUUCCUAAAACACUUCGAUCAACGCCGACUCUGCUUUCAGAUCUGUGGAGCCGAGCCAUUGACGUGGCCAAAGGUGAAAGUGAAACCCUGAAAUGGCUUCAAAAAUACGGGCUUGUGUCCACAGAUGGGAAGCAGCAAAUGACUCAGAAGAGCACAGAAUUCGCACAAAGUCGAUCGGAUAAAAAAAACUACAUAGAAGAACUAAUUAGACUUAUCGAGGCAAACAAGUUAUCUGAACAAAAUGACAAGCCACUCAAGAUCCCAAUUGGAAACCGGGAAGUUAUUGUCAGGGAUUACAUUGCUAAUACUGUCGCCUUUAUUACAAAAGUCGGUAAUGUCGCUUUCUCUUUCACAUCGGUGGAGGCCAGCGCACCAUGGGCCGUUUUAAAGGCGGCUCUGCAAAUUCCAGUCCAUCAGAUUGAACAAAAAGCUGCCCUACUUGGAACAGUCAAAUGGUUUAUAAGCAUCGUGCGCAGAGGCCAAAUCUAUGAAACUUUAUACACAGUCGAAACCACAGACAGGAAAGCCGUACAGGGUUUGCAAGACGGCCUUUUUCAGGUCUACAUCGCCGCUAUAAAGACGCUGGCCAAGUCAGACAACUUAUUCAACAGCAGUACAGCCAGACAGACGUUAACCGCGAUCUUGGAUCCAGGCUAUGCUUUUGAUGCUCUCAAAGACCUAGUUGAGAAAGAAAACAAGCUCGACCGCGAAAUUUAUGCCUGCGAAGUCUCACGAUCUGUAGUAUCAUCCACGCUGAUGAGUACGCAAAUAAAAGAUUUAGAGAAGCAAUUAUACCAACUAUCUUCGCCACUUCCCCAGAUUGAGAAAGGAGUAGCCAGUCUUCUAGCAAAGAUAGAAGAAGAUAAGCUCAAAGGAUUAUUAGAGUUUAUAAGCCCGGAGAUGUUUGGAAAAAGUCACGCCACUGUUGCUGAAAAAAGAAUAAAUAAUACAGGAGACUGGCUAAUAGCUAGCAAAGAGUUCCGUACUUGGCAAGUAACACCUUCUUCAACUGUACUAUGUCUUAAGGGAACUAUUGGUACCGGCAAGACAUUUCUCACAUCUAAAGCAAUUGAUCAUAUAAAACAGUCAAUUGAGUCGUCACCACAACAUAACGAAGGAUUUGCAUUUUUUUAUUGCAACCGAUCUGGACCGUCAAUGCAAGAUCCGCUUAUUGUGUUGAAAAGCUUCGUUCGUCAGUUAGCUGGCAAGGCUUUUGAUACAUCUGGCCUUAUACAACAUAGCCUUGUCCAGAGAUGUGAGAGAAUAAAGAAAGAGAAAAGAGAAUUCACCUACAAGGAUUGCGAAGACUUACUUUUAGAAUCCUUCAAUUUAUACUCAAGGACUACUAUUGUUCUUGAUGCUUUAGAUGAGACAGAUAUUACUGAUUAUAACUUAGGUGCUAUUCUUACUAAGCUAAUGGAAAAAUCCGAAAACCCCAUUAAGAUUUUUAUUUCCAGUCGGCCUGAUCGAGAAUAUUUAGAAGCCUUCGAAGAUGAGGCUAUCAUCACUGUGAAUGCUAGCAGUCAACAGGAAGAUAUCGAGAGAUUCCUGGCAGAGAAACUCUAUAGUACCAGGUUCUUUCAACAGCGAAGUCACGUCAUCCAGAAUGAAAUCACGAAUGUGUUUGCAGCACAGAGCUGCGGAAUGUUUCGAUGGGUUUACUUGCAGGUGAUAAGUCUCAAAAAGCUUGUUACAGACAAAGCAAUUUAUAAUUGGGCUUGCAAUUUACCAGUUGACCUAAUGGCAGCAUAUGAUCAAAUCUGGGAAACCAUUAGAGAGCACGAUGAACAUGACGUUGCUUUAGCCGAACGAGCUAUUAUGUGGGUGCUAUGUUCUUUUGAGCCGCUUAAAACACAAGUCCUUCUACAAGCUGUUCGGUAUGUUAUCCAAGGCUCUACAAUCGUGCGGAAUGAAGAGCAGACGCAACAACAGAUCUUAUCGCUAUGCCAAGACCUUUUAACUAUUGAUGAGGAAAGGGGAGUGUGGAUGUUACCACAUGCCUCUGUGGCUGAGUAUUUUGAGAAGAGGGGCUGGAUGAAUAUAUGGAAAUGCGAUGUAUUCGCUUCAACGCUCUGUCUUAACUUCAUUGACGACCCUCCACCGAACGAUGAUCAUCGCUUUGCGUAUUACGUUAUAGAUCACUGGCACCAGCACGUUGGGCGAUACGACAAAUGGCUAGGAUCGAAGGAGCAAGAGGCAGAGAAAGAGGCAGACCCAAAUCUUGCAGCGGCCCUAAAGCGGUUUCUUGGGUCGCCAAGCGAUGGCAGCGCCAGCUUUCGGAGAUGGACCAGGCGCCCUUUCUGGGUCGGGGACAUUCAGACUCCCUUGUCUGCCAUUUGCAAAUAUGGAUUUUACUAUACCUUGCGCGACUGGUGGACGCAGCCCGGCAAAAUCACAGUCGAGGCCGCUCUCAAAGGGGGAUAUGACGCACUUUGGGUCGCGGUUCAGGGCCACUGCAUGCCUAUAUGCAGACAUUUGGUCAAGCUGAUUGAGGCCGUACAUCCGAAAGGAGACACAUACUAUACGUUCGCACUGGCAACUUCAAUUGAAGAAAGCAAUUUUGACAUGGUGAAAUUUCUUGUGACGGAAGUGGACGCAGAUGUUAAUCUUAUACAGCAAGGGCCUUUGUUUAAUUAUCGUUAUCUAAUAAGGGAUGGAAUUACUGCUGUACAGACGGCGGCGAGAUUGCAGCCCAGGAUGCUGCAAUGGAUGGUGGAUCAAGGCGUCGUGGACCUGGAGAGGGAGACUAAUAGCUGGUGCACUGAUGGCAGCGUCUUAAUCGCAGCAGCGUCUAGGCCCAACAUCAAAUCGGUUCAAAUUCUGCUCAAGGCUGGAGCUAAUGUGGAUGCCGCCGUGCACAAUGGCAAGUACGGGAGUGCUCUUGUCGCAGCAGCAGCGCUGGAUAGGGUUCCCAGAGACCGCGUAGCAGUAGUUCGACUUCUCCUCAGUCACGGCGCAGAUCCAAACACGCCCAUGAGAGGCGGCCUAUGGGGCAGCGCACUAGAAGCAUCUGUGGCACAACAUUGGGAUGCUGAAUUAGGAUGCAAAUACUCGGAAGAUCGCAGAACAAUACUGCUCUUGCUGCUUGAAGCUGGUGCGGAUCCAACAGCUGUGUUUGAUUAUGGCAGUUUUGGAAGUGCAUUGGCCGCUGCAGCAUUUUGGGGGCAAAAGGAUGACCUCAAGAUCAUGAUUGACAGGGUUGGUGCAGAGCGUGCCAUCGAAGCCCUUUACCAGAGUAGGCAUCCAGAUGUGCGAAUAUUCGAAGAUCAACAGGAUAUUACGCGCUGGAAAGAAACAGCCACCUAUCUGGCUGAGGAAGUAGGGGUAAGUAAAGACAUUCUUCACACAAUCGGCUUCUGGGAUGUCGAGCCUGAGCUUUGUGAGAUAUGGGAAUUUGGGCCAGCAUAUAAUUUUGUAUUACGGUAUUCCGAACAUUGCUAGGACAAUGUUAGUUUCACAUAUACCUUAUUUACCUUAGCACCUCCUAUAUCUUAAUAGGUACAUCCUACUUCAACGAUAGCUACUGAGAAAGUGAAGCUUUUAACAUCACUAACUUAGCCAUAUAACGCUUUAGAAUAGGCAAUUUGCAAGAUAAUAUCUAGUGAUCAGUUUUCAUGCGG